UAUGACUGCCGCGAAGUUUCGUUUUGAUCUUUUUGAUCCAGAUAUUCGUCCUGCAUUAAUUAAUUGUCGUUAUAUUAAUUUGCCUUUUGAUCUUCCAGUGAUUUGUAAAGAAAUCAAUGUACUUCUGACGGAUUGUGCUCUAACAUUUUUUGAAGACAACUCUAAUUCUGAGAGUUUGACAAAAUGUGCCCAUAAUGCAAAGAUUAUUCUAGACAUAUGUUGGGAAAAGAUCAACACAGGCCAUUGGAAAGAUGUAGAUAAGAACUGGCGCUAUGCUUACUCACUGGGGUCUUUGUUCAAAGUUCUGUCCCUUAUGUUGGACAAAAAGGUUAAUAAAUCAGAUGUGAUAAAAGCUUGUGACAUGGGAUUAUUGAUGGGUGCUCCUGUUAUGCAGAAUAUUUUGAGCUGCAUUGCAUCAAAAUUGUCUGCCAUUGCCUCAAGCAGAUCCAAUUUAGACAAAUCAUGUACUAGUGAGGUGAAACGUCAAAAGAUUGAACACAUAACAGAAAAUGUGGAAUUGAAGUUCAAAGUCAGUGAGCGAAAGAAUGUUUCAUGUGAUGAAUUUUAUAGCAACUAUAUUGAUAAAAACCUCCCUGUUGUGUUAUUAGAUGCCAUUGCAGAUUGGCCAGCAAUGUCAUCUUCCCCAUGGAGUGUUGAAUCAAUUUUGGAAAAAACAAAAUAUCGUACAGUUCCAAUUGAAAUUGGCUCUAAAUAUACGGAUGAUAGUUGGACCCAAAAACUCAUGACUAUGGAACAAUUUGUAAACACAGUAUAUAAAAUCAAACUCUGUACAAAGAAAUUGGAUAUCUUGCUCCAGCAUAAUAUAUUUGACCAGAUUCCAGAGUUGCUUAAGGAUAUUAGAAUACCAAUGUAUAUAUCAAAAGAAGCAAAUGAGAAAAAUGUCGACAUAAGUAUUUAUUUUGGGCCUAAGGGUACAGUCUCGCCUCUGCAUCAUGACCCUAAGCGCAAUUUACUAGCUCAGGUGAUUGGAGAAAAGUAUUUGAGAUUGUUUCCUGAGGAAGCAACUGAGCAUUUAUACCCAAGAAUAAAUACUUGGUUAAGCAAUACUAGUCAGAUUGAUGUGGAUAAUCCAGAUCUAGAAACUUUUCCCCUUUAUGCAAAAGCUGUAUAUGAAGAAUGCAUCCUAAAACCUGGACAGGUAUUAUACAUACCACCUGGUCAUUGGCAUUAUGUUCGCUCUCUAAGUGUGAGUUUGUCGAUCAGCUUCUGGUGGUGAAAACAAACUGUGGCAAAACGAAAUGUUGAUGUGGUGGUGAAGACGAAAUGUUGAUAUGGUUGGUGGUGAAGACAAAAUGUUGAUAUGGAUGGUGGUGAAGAGGAAAUGUUGAUAUGUGUGGUGGUAAAGACGAAAUGUUGAUAUGGAUGGUGGUGAAGAAAUAAUGUUGAUGUGAUGGUGAAAAUGAACUGUUGAUAUGGAGACCAAGACGAAAUGUUAAUGCAUGACAAACAUAUAGUUCUAUUCAGUGAGGAAAUUAAUGUGUAUUAACUUGUAAACUGCAAAUAAAAAACUUUUUUCUUUUUGUAUUUUGCAUAGCAUAUGCUUGUUUUGUAUUCUUUAAAUAAAUACAAAAGACAUUUGAAUGUCAAAGUUUUACACUCUCUUUCUAAAAUUUAUAACACUUGAUACAAGGUUGAUCCAAAGAUCGUCUUUAGUUUUUAGGGCUGCAAUUCCGGAAAAUUUUCUGGGAGAGCGCACACCAAGAUUUCCGAAGAGUGGCCCCCAAACCUCUCCUCCCUCUAAUAAUACCAAAGAUCUUCUAAAACUUGUGUUUUAAAAGCCAACUUCAAAAAUGUUUCAAGUGAAUGUCUCUCCCGGGUAUAAGCCCCAAAUCUCUCUUCUCCUACCCUAACUCUAAACUUUACUAAAGAUUGUCUAA